AUGCCCUCGGGCCCCGCGAGAGCGGAGGAGGUGAGCAAGUUCUGGGAGCAGGUGGACCUUCCGCUCGAGCCCGGGAUCAUCCUCCUGGACAUCGCGUUCGAGGAGGGCGACCCGAACCACGGCUUCCUCCUCGGCACGAGGCAGACCAUCUUAGAGACGUUCGACGGCGGUAAAACCUGGGACUUCAAGGCCAUCACCGCGGCGUUCGACGAGGACGUCAACUACCGCUUCAACUCGAUCACGUUCAAGGGCAAAGAGGGCUGGAUCGUCGGAAAGCCCGCGAUCCUGCUGCACACGAUCGACGGCGGCGCCAACUGGGAGCGCAUCGGCCUCUCCCCGCGCCUCCCCGGCGCGCCCGUCCUCAUCACCGCGGUCAGCGACAACGGCGUCGCGGAGCUCGUGACGGACGAGGGCGCCAUCUACCUCACCACGGACACCGCGAGGAACUGGAAGGCGGCGGUGGAGGAGACCAUCUCCGCCACGCUCAACCGCACCGUGUCCUCGGGCGUGCAGGGCGCGUCCUACUACACCGGCACGCUGUCCACGAUCGCGCGUAACCCCGACGGGGAGUACCUCGGGCUGUCUUCGCGAGGGAACUUUUACAUGACGUGGACGCCGGGGCAGGCGUACUGGCAGCCGCACAACCGCUCGAGCGGACGACGGGUGCAGUCGAUGGGGUGGAGGCCGGACGGGGGGAUCUGGGAGCUCACCCGCGGCGGCGGGAUCUACUUCUCGAACACCGCGUCCUUGCCUGAGGAGGACGACGACUUUUCCGAAGGUCGCAUCGGAAGCCGGGGGUUUGGUCUGUUGGACCUGUCGUACACCCCGGACGGGAAGCAGUUUUGGAUCGUCGGAGGGUCGGGGAGCGUGUUCGUGUCGAACGACGCGGGGAAAAGCUGGAAGCGCGAUCGCGGGACGGACAACGUCGCCGCGAACUUGUACCGCGUGCGGUUUCAAUCGAAUAAGCAAGGGUUCGUCCUCGGGAACGACGGCAUUCUCCUCAGGUUCACCGGCGCCAAGUGA